AUGGCGCAAACGCCGAGCGCAUCCGGCGAUGAUGCAACGUCUGAAAGCAACAUGGACAUCGAGACUUCGAGCGAGGUCGACACCGAAGACUUAGACAAUGAAGAAUUCAUAGAGCGACUUAUCGAAAGGGGCGAGCUCGACUACCAUAUUCCAGGACAAUACGUGGAAGAAGAUGACGAUGACGAAGACGAAGACGACGGGGAGGAAGAUGAUGCGGACACCGAAGAUGGCAAUGGACCGUAUUUAGAAGUCGAGGUGGAGGAGGAACCACAAAAUGAAGGCGAAACAGAAGACGAACGUACAACCCGACAGAGAAGACAGGUAAUGCGGUUACUAGCAAACUCGGAACUGGGCCGACUUUUCUUCACAACUGCGCGAGUUGGCGAUUUCGAUGAUGAGGAUGACGAUGCAGAUUUUCAUCCAUUAUGGGCUCGUAGGAGAAGAAGAGAAAGACCAGACCCAAAUCGGUUUCCCAAAGUGCCUAGUGAUGUUGGUAGGGAUCUCAUGAUAUCCGGAACUUUUGGAGUGGAUGACAUACGAACCGCGUGCACCGACGAGCGUACAAGGACAGGAAAGCGGAAGAAGCUCGCAAUGAGGAUCUUACAAAGGGAACUUGCGCAGGAAGUUCAUUCAAGGCAGAAAUUAAAUCACAAACUUAUGGCCCAAGACAUGAUUCCAUCCUCGAACGCAGACAUCAUCAUUCAUUACGAACAACCCGUGUAUUCCGGGCAGUUCUCGGACGACGGCAAUUUUUUCUUUGCUGUCAAUAAGGAUUACAAGGUGAGGAUGUACGACACGUCAAAUCCGUACCAGUGGCGGUACUACAAGACUGUGGAAUACCCUUUUGGACAAUGGACUCUUACCGAUGCUUCUCUCAGUCCCGACAAUAAAUACCUGGCAUACACUUCUAUAGCAAGUACAGUGUGUCUCGCGCCUACAGACCCUAAUGACUUGGGAGAUCCGUACACGUUGGAGUUGGCAGAAAGAAGGGCUGGCAAUAUACCGAUUCGAUCAAGGUAUGGUGGCUCGUUCGGGAUCUGGUCCAUUCGAUUUUCAGGAGAUGGACGCGAACUGGUUGCCGGUGCUUCAGGUGGCGCCAUUGUUGUAUAUGACAUCGAGUCUCGUACCACACUCCAUAGAAUCGCUGGUCACGAUGAUGACGUGAAUGCUGUGUGCUUCGCCGACAAAUCAUCGCCCCACAUUCUGUAUUCUGGAUCUGAUGAUACUUUUCUGAAGGUUUGGGAUACUCGAAGUAUGGGUGAUAGUCGGGCCGCUGGGGCCUUCGUUGGCCACAUAGAGGGAAUAACUUAUAUCGAUAGUAAGAUGGAUGGCCGAUAUAUCUUGAGUAACGGCAAGGAGCAAAGUAUGAAGCUCUGGGACUUACGAAUGGUUAUGUCUCCGCAGAGAUUCAAUAGCCUUCCGUCCACUAGACGUAGUAGACAGACUAGAUUUGAUUACCGCUGGGGAGCAUAUGACGAGGAUAACUGGUAUGCUGACCCCAACGAUAACUCACUCGUUACUUUCCGUGGUCAUAAAGUCCUGCGUACACUCAUACGUUGUCAUUUUUCACCACCUGGAAGUACCAACUCUCGAUAUGUAUACUCUGGUAGCGAAGACGGAAAGGUAUACAUCUGGAAUAUGGAUGCUACGCUUGCAGGUGUGGUUGAUGCCUAUAGUGCUACCAAAAAUACUCGACCACCAAUGAAUGAAACUGGUGGCAUGGAUUGGGCAGACGACGACGAUGGUGUAUCUGGGACCUCGUGGAAGACCUGCGUUCGGGAUGCCGCUUGGCAUCCGAACGCUCCUAUUAUUGUUGCGUCUGCAUGGAGUGGGUACGGUAUGGGCAGUGGUACUUGCUCGGUCCACUCGUGGAAUGAUAACGCAGAAGAAGACGAAGCAGAGCCCAGGAUGGGUGCAAGUGUCAACCAGAAACUCGUGCCGUUACCUACGUACGACCCGGAUACACACCCUCGAGCACACAGUAGGAGGAGAAGGGCGGUACUACGGAGGCUGAUGGAUGAUGGCAGCGACUGA